AUGGACGCGAGCCGAAUCGAACAUCCGAGAGCGCUGAUGGAAAGAUGCCAUGGCCAGAAAGAGACUGUCUCGCAGAAAGAGACUGUCUCGCAGAAAGAGACUGUCUCGCAGAAAGAGACUGUCUCGCAGAAAGAGACUGUCUCGCAGAAAGAGACUGUCUCGCAGAAAGAGACUGUCUCGCAGAAAGAGACUGUCUCGCAGCAGCGAAUGAUCUGCAGCUGCUUUCACGCUGUCAUCCCCCGGCAGCGAUAUCAGGUACUGGGAGCGCUGGUACUGAGGCGAGGCAGUAAUGCCUUGCAGCUUGCUAAGCUGGCGCAUCGAACGGCGAAGACAACCCCCCUAGUGGUCAUCGGCCUGAUCCAAUCACUGUCACUCACUUUCUGCUCACUCUGCGCCGCUCUUAGCCGGACACGCACGCCUACAGCGGCCAGUGACACGUCCAAGCGCCCGCCUACAAAAGCGCGCUUCGCUCCAGCACCUCUUCCGAACUCCAAACCACUCAGCACUUCCAUCUCCGACCGCCGCUGCUCGACGACCGCCGGUGACCGCAACCGGCCACCAGUACCGCCAACGCGCGCACAAGCUCUCCCAGCACCCAUUCCAUCAGCAAGGGCCAUCGCCAGCGACAUGAAGGUGGCGCGGCCCAACACCGAUCAAGAGGCCGAGGUCCAGGUCUACAUCAACGGCGAAGCGUGUAAGGAGUUCGUGCUCCCAGCAGCAGGCAACGCAGCGCCAGCCAACAUCGCCCAAUGCUUCAUCGCCGUCAACCCAGGUGAUCAGCUCGCCAUCAAGGGCACCUUCACAGGCACUGUUUGGGCCGGAACCUUCGAUCUCGUCGCAGAUGGCUCCUUCCUCCACGAGUCCAGGGUCGAAGGUGGUGCAGAUGCGGAGCCCAAGGUGGUCAACAAACGCAAGAUUCUAUUCGAGAAAGUUCUCAACUGCCCAUACCCACCCGAGUGGAAAUCAAUUUCUCCACCUACUGCCAUGUUCGAGGGCACACUUCACACCGAGAAACUCGAAGACAACUUCGCAGACCAACACUCGGAGUGGGAGAUUCCGAUCCCAGAUUCAGACCAACCUGGUAUCGGUAGUCUGUGUCUUACGGUCAACAUCAGUCAGGACAGCAUCGCCAAGUACUUCAAGCCCGACCGCUGGAUCGACAUAGACGGUCUGAGCGACGAGCGACAGAUUAUCGGCGGCUGGAGACGACAACCAGUACAGUCUGAGCGCGAACUUCAACCCGUGAAGCCACAGAUCGUGCUCGACAGUGGCCUGACGCCGGACUGCCAGCUUGUCUUCCGAGAGAAUCCCGACGGGAGUGACGCUGGCCAAAAGCGCAGCUCAAAGCACCGCAGACACUGGCAAGAGAGUCGCCCAGGCCUAAAGCCAUGGUGCAAGUUCUGUUUCUACUACCGCACCAAGCCCGUCCUCGAGCAAGCCGGCUGCGUGCUACGCUCUGAAGAGGUGCAACAACUCGAUCCAGCCACCGACUUCAAGCCAGGAACCAAUUCAAAGGGCAGAAAGAAGAGUCGCGGAGAAGAAGAGGACGACCUGACACCACCCACCAAGAAACGCCAGACGGGACACUUCACGCCAACGAAGCAUCUUGGCGGUACGCUCGAACUUCCAAAGACCAAAGGCACGCUUGGCGGUACGUUUCGCCUCCCUGGAAAGAGCCCGUCGAAGUCACCCAGUGCAAAGGAUCCCAGGCGAAGCAAAAGCAGGGGCAUGAAUGACACAGCAUUCUUACGGGAGUUGGCAGAUUACCAAGCAGAUUACGAGCGACCGCAGGAGGAAGCAGAGAAGGAAGAGCAGUAUCGUUCUGGUGAUGAUGGCGACUUCGACAGGAACACGGACAUGGCCAACAAACAAGAUCAAGUGGAGUCAUUCAAGCGCCCGAGCAUGGCUAGGACCAAGCGGCCAGCUGCAGUAAAUUCAAGCUAUUCGAUCGAUCGCUCAGGAGAGCCUAUGAUGGUUGCCGGUAUCGACUAUGACGGUCCUCAUACGAGUCACCUCACUCGCAAUGGCUCCAUUGCACUUGGUGAUCACAAGCGCGCAUAUGACUCGCGAUCAGCUGGCCAACCACGUGCAAGCGGCGAAGUGAGCCGCCAAGUGAGGUCCGCAGAUUCUUCAAAAGCAGUGUCAGCUCGAUCAAGAACCAACUCUUCGCACAGCAACAACAUCACAUCUACCAGCAGUAACACCAAGCGCCGCCAACCCAGUAACAUGCCUGCUUACGACCGCAUUCCAACUGUAACUGAGAUCCGUAACUGUAUAUCCUCACAGGGCUGCCAUGCCGACAAGUUGAUCUGGUUCUUCAACCAGAACGGCCCAUAUCCGAAUGCGAAAAAGGUGCAAACGCACUUCCAAAACAUCAUCAACGAGAUAGCCGUUACCAACGAAGAGACGGGAAUGGUCACGCUCCGCUCGGGUAGCAACAUGCGUCCACGGCGUGACUCGAGCCGUGUAGCUACCGACCCACCUACCACCAACAAUACCCCGAUCAAUAGAAAGCAGGUCUCUGCCAGCGCAGAGCUCUUCGCUGAGUCAGUCCAGCGUGCCGAGACACGUACCGACCUCACUGAGCCAUUCAACUAUUCAGCACCUGUUGCCGACGAUCAGUCUCACUAUGAGACCACUUUGCCGGCAUCGGACACGCCCAAUAUCAAGCAGGAUUGCACCACAGAGCUGCCAGCAAACACCACCUCAGUGGCUUCAGACCGUUCCAAGAAGCGUGGCAUGCUCGAGAUGGCAGAUCACAACGACGGAGACACACCCACACCAUCCAAGAAGCACACUUUCGUCUCCAAUGAUGAUCUCGAGCAGGCACGCCUGCGCCUCGAAGCCACUAAGCAGCGCAUCGACAAUGAGCGCCGCGAAAUGCAAGUGAAGAAGGCCGAGAGGCAAGCAGAGAUUGAGCAGAAGAAACUCCUCUACGAGGCAGAGAUGGCUCGCCGUGCCGAGAAGCAGCGCAUCAAAGACGAGAAGCAACGAAUCAAGGACGAGAAGAAGCGAGCCAAGGACGAGAAGAAAGCACGCGAGGCAGAAGAAUUACGCCGCCAGGAGGAAGAGAAGCUUCGUCAAGAAGAGGAGCAACGUGCAGCUGAGGAGGCUCGUCUCAAGGAGGAGGCGGAGCAGGAGAAGCAGCGCCAGCUUGAUGCGAUCGAGUUUCAAGAGGAGCAGACGAAGAUUCUGUUUGAAGAGGAGCAGCUGAAUCUGGAGCGCGAGGAGUUGGAUGAGGCUGGCAAGUACGAUAUCCCACCAGAGAUCGAGUCAGAGUCGGAGGACGACGAUGACGAGGCGGAGGAGAGUGAAGAAGAGUAA